AUGUUCAAAUCCCAGAAUCGUGAAGUUCUUUUUGCUUACGAUGCAGCCGAUGAAGUUUCGUUGCUUGCACUGCAACAAUUCCAUAUGAAAUCGAUCAAAUCCGUAGAAAACUGGAGCGGAGCGGGAAGUGAAACGCAAACCACCAGUAAGUUUGCGCAAAUUUGCAUUCCCUUAAUUGAAGAUACUCGCUUGCGUAAAAUGGCUUCUGAUCAGAUUUAUUGCAAAGGAGUUGAUGUCCAGAUAUUCAAGGUUCGGAGUACUGAAAUUUGCAUAAUUCUGCAUGCUGACCUUGUUAUGAUGACAGAAGAGUUCAUAGUUUAA